UGGCUGCCGGAAGGCCUCUGUGGGUCGGGAGUGCCGGGGCUGCGCGGUGUUGUGGUAGUGGCGGCAGUUUAAAUGGUUAGCGGCGCUCUUGCGCUCAAUCCGCAAAGACCAGCGGCUGCCGUGAGUCGUCGGGGGCGAUUUGUGCGUAGACGAGAAAUGGAAAGAAAUAAAUGGCGUUGCAGGAGGCAAUUUACACAGCACAGUCAACGACAACACAAUCACCGACGGUACCGAGAGCAUUAUGGUCACAGGAACCAGCAGUAUGACUCCAGUGAAUCCAAUGAACAGAAUAGUUCCAGUGUGUCAGCAGGUGAACCAACUAGCAGUACGUCAGUGCCACCUGAUGUUCCCGAGCUGCCUGGAUUUUACUAUGAUCGAGAAAAGAAUAGAUAUUUUAGGCUACUACCUGGACAUAACAAUUAUAACCCUCUUACUCGGGAGGCAAUUAACCAAAAGGAAAUGGAAGAAAAGCGUUUGAAGAUGUUGGAUGAGGAUGCUACUAAUACGAGGGUCGCACGAGUGGGUAUGGACUUUAUUUCGCUAUUACGGAAAAGACAUUGCGGACUAAUGAACUUGCAAUCAUAUUAUUGGCAUGUUCAUGAACUCAAGAUCAGUAGGAUGAGGAGGAAUAAGCUCGAGAUUCAAAGUUCAGAUUCUUCCAGCACAAGUAAUUUUGGAAUGAUUUUAGCAGAUUCCAAUUGUGAGCGGAUAUUUGUUGUAAAAAAUGAUGAGACUGGCUACAAAUAUGGAAUUAUGAAUCUGGAGGGAUGUAGGAAGGGAUCCGGCCUAAUUUCUGCGUCUCUGUGCGAUAAUCUCUACUCUACGUUUCGCAAGGGGACCUCAAUUUGUUGGGCGUCUCUCACUGGACACGAUUCUCAUGUCUUGCUUUGUCUUACAGGUCAUGCAGAUACCCCAGGAAGUAUCAGCCUGCUUCCGACUUCAAUAUUUAGUAACUCAAGCAUGGAGGAACAGCCAAGAAUGUUGUGCAAUUUUAAGAGUUCAACGGUCUGGACCUGCGCCUGGUGCUUCAACCCACAAGCUGACAAGUGCUUCAGUACAGGUUUGUUGCACCGUGUUUUUGUGACUGAUGCAGUGACAGGACAAAAGCAGAUAUUCAGCACAAGCAGUGAUGUUCUUGCUCAGCAGUUUGCUCGCAGGGUCCCAGUAUUGUACAAUGGCUGUCGGUCCGGGGAGAUUUUCAGUAUAGACAUCAGACAACGAACAAAGAAAGGACAGAGCUGGAAGUGUACUAAUUUCUUCCAUAACUCUGCCGUGACCUCCAUCCGACUCCUACAAGAUGAAAACUAUCUCGUGGCUGCGGACAUGAUUGGGAAGAUUAAGCUUUGGGACUUGAGGACUGCAAGGUGUGUCAGGCAGUAUGAAGGCCAUCAUAAUAAGCAUGCUCAGCUCCCCAUCCACAUUAAUGAAGAAGUAGGGAUUCUUUUAGCUGUUGGACAGGAUCACUAUACACGGAUCUGGAGUCUGAAGGAUGGUUACCUCCUUCGAACUAUUCCGUCUCCUCACCCUGGCUCCAGUGACUCGAUUCCCAGUAUAGCUUUUUCUUCACAACUGGGUGGGAGCAGAGGGGUACCUGGACUGUUAAUGGCUGUCAAACAAGAUCUCUAUCACUAUAUAUACAACACCGAUCUCUAACCAGCUUGAAGG